CACAGCGAACAGGACCAACCCCUUCUACGAGUGCCCUUCGAACUGACACGCAAGAAUUUCGCUCAGGCACGACGACACAUCGAGAAGACGUCGGCCGAGACCCUUGCCGCUCUCAACGCUGCUGCUACCGCUGCUCCAUCAGCCACUCCCGACCACACUCUAGCCUCGAUCGACGCCAUGAUAGCCAAAGCUCAGACUCUCAAGCGCAAGUUGGAAGCUCUUCAUGCCGAAGAAGACAUGCUGCAUCGCCACCAGCGAGCCCGCAUCAACCACCUACAAGACCUGCACGACAUCCCCAACCUCGCCGACGUCAAAUACGACGACUGGAGCAAAGUCCGUCUGGAUCGCAUGCUGGUCGACUAUCUGUUGCGGCAGGGUUAUGUUCAGAGCGCCAGUCAGUUGGCCAAGGAAAAGAAGAUAGAAGACCUGGUCGACGUCCAAGCCUUUGUUGAAUCUAGUCGCAUAGAACAUAGCCUGCAGAACGGCCGUACCCAGGAAUGCCUGGCCUGGUGUUCAGAGAAUAAGCAGACCCUGAAGAAGAUCAACAGCAACCUGGAGCUCGAGUUACGCUUGCAGCAAUUCAUUGAGCUUGUCAGGAGUGGAGACCCGCAGAAGCUGAUCGAGGCCACCCUGCACGCAAGGAAGCAUCUAGGCACACACCAGAAUGAUUCAUACGGUCUGCGUGCCGGAGGCCUGCUUGCUAAUCCUCCGAAUACCAUGACAGAGCCUUAUAAGACCAUGUACUCAGCCGCUCGCUGGCAACAACUCUCUGAGCUCUUUGUCAAGACACACCACGAAAUCUUCUCGCUGCCGCCACGACCUCUACUCCACACUGCUCUGUCUGCCGGCCUCAGCGCUCUGAAGACGCCGGCCUGUCACUCACAUUACGCUUCCUCUUCAUCAAAUGCUUCCUCAUCAACCACACCCGUCUGUCCUAUUUGUUCGACCGAGCUCAAUGAACUCGCUCGUACCGUUCCCUACGCCCACCACAGCAAAAGCUAUGUCGAAGACGAUCCAGUCAUGCUGCCUAACGGCCGCAUCUAUGGCAGAGGCAGACUCAUGGCGCUGAACGAAAAAAUCGGCACUGCCGAAGGCAAAGUCAGAGACCCCACCGACCUCUCCCAAGAGUUUGAUGAGGGUGACAUCAAGAAGGUCUACAUAUCAUAA